GGGUAAGUUCUUUUGUUUAUUCAAAGGGGCGUCUUAGUUAUAACACAAGGUCUUCUGACAGAAAACAACAACAAAAAAUUAGCAACAUCUCAAUGUAGCGUGGCUGUUUGCAAUUCAGGCAAACUAUUGUUUGAUUUGAAUGCCAUCCAGAAGAGUGCCACGCCCUUCCCCAGACGCCCUGGCAAUAACCGGAGUCCUCCCGUUUACACUCCGGAACGGGAUUCGGUCACUCCAGUAGCAGCAGCAGCCGGAGUCUGUCUCCCACCCUCUCUGCAGCAACCGGACUCCCUCCAGCAGCCAUCUCCCUCAGAGCUGUGCCGCCUUGGCAAGAAGCAGACUUUGAAAAAUGGAGAACUUUCGACAGUUUGUUGGGUUUCUCGUGGGCGCAGCUUUCCUGGGCACCCUGUCGGUUGUGUUUGUUUUGAUUUGGGUGUUCCACUGGAGAGAGGGAUUAGCGUGGGACCAUGGACUACGGGAAUUUAACUGGCAUCCAGUCCUUAGCACCGUUGGGUUUAUCUUCAUUAAUGGAUUCGGUCUCAUCAUUUACAGGUUGCCCUGGACAUGGAACAUCAGUAAGCCUCUGAUGAAGUACAUUCAUGCUGGCUUGAAUAUUGUAAUCUUUGUUCUCAUGGUCAUUUCACUUGUGGCAGUCUUCGACUUUCAUAAUGCUAAGAAGAUCCCUAAUAUGUACAGUCUACACAGCUGGGUUGGAUUGGCUGCUGUUAUUAUUCAUGCUCUACAGAUAGUAUUAGGAUUAUGCAUUUUCCUGAUGCCCUUCACUCCUAUGUUUAUCAAGACUUUUUACAUGUCAAUCCAUAUUUUUACUGGUCUUCUCGUCUUUGGAAUGUCGAUUACAGCAGCUGAAAUGGGAAUAACUGAAAAACUUAUUUUCUCUCUACGGUCAGGUAGCAAUAAUACACUCCCAUAUUCCCAGUCACCACCUGAGGCAAUAUUAGUCAAUACUCUGGGAAUUUUCAUUCUCCUCUUUGGAGGCUGUAUCUUGUGGAUUACCAAACAUCCAGAGUGGAAGCGCCCUUCGGAACAUGUAAAGGAAAACAUUGGCAAUGAAGAACGAUCCAUUUUAAACAAAACAACAGAAGUUUCUGCUGAAACCAGUAAUGAACGUGUUCAUGAAAGAGGAGCAGGAUUGACACACCUCAACUUGGAAGAUGUGGGUCAAAGGUCAACAUUUUAAGAAAUGAAUUGUAUUUUACUGAGAUGCUGAAUUAGCACCGAAUACUUCUGUUUGUUAAAUUGUAGCCAUUUGUGUUAAGUGAACAUGCCAGCCAAAACAUUGCAUUAAGUAUUUGAACAUUGUUCCAGAAACACUGAGGGAAAAUAUUGACCAAAACUAAAUGCUUUGACAUCUUAAUGUACAAUUAAAAUUAUAGAAUAAUUUAAAGAUUCAACUCUUGUUAACAAGGCCUCUACAAAAACAAGUUAAAUAUAUUCCCAGUGCAAUUACUUAGUCAUGAAGGGCCAAAAUACUGUUGGAAUUACUGCUAUGAUAUUAUAUGCAUGUCUGAACUUUUCAUAUUUUGAUAGAAGUCAAAAUGUACUUAGGUACCACUUCAGAAAAGAGA